CCCGAGUUUACCGCCAAUCAUGCACAGGCUAUGUUUUCCUACGAAGAAUCGCCAACCUAUGAUGAUGAGUCGGUCCAUGCGACGUGGGCUGCCCAGCGCGAGGCCGAGACCAAGUCUGCGCCCUCGCUGGACCACAUCAAGGGCGAGCACAAUCUUCGUGUAUUGAGUGGAAGAUGCGACAAUGUCGACGAGCUCUACUCUUGGGUCCGCAGCACCGUCGCUGCGGCGUUUGCCCACUGCGCUGCCGACGACGUGAACAAGCUUGCCACAGGCAUGGUCGCCCGUCGCUCGGCCGUUCUCGCCGCUGCCCAACACGCGCUCAUCAACUACAUCCGCCAGAACUGUCUCUGGGGCGCACACAUCGAGCGGCCGGUCCUCUCAUGCCCGCUUGGCGGCGAGCCGCUGCCGCUUGCCCUCGUCAGCGACGAGACCAACGCCAUCACCGCCCUCGCUCUUGCUGUCGACGACACCGUCCGCCUUGACACCGUCGCCCGGACCCUCGCUUAUCUCGACGCGGUUGUCGACACCAGCUUCGAGGUCUUCCGUCUUGACAUCGGCCGCCCGACCUCGUCAAACGUUUACAAGUACGAGAUCUCGUCGCGCGUUGUUGUAGCUACCUUUUCCAUCAUCGAGCGCUGGAUCGCCCACGACUUCUGCCCACCCUCGCUCCUUGCCCGCAUUGUCCUCCACUUUGUCCGCCUCGCCCUCGACUCCCGUCACGUCUCGCUCCUUGCCCGUGUCGUCCUCGUCCUCCGCACCCCCCAGCUCGCCGCGCUCAUUGACCCGGUCAUUGCAAGCGCCUCCGACGACCUGGCCGCUCUUGUCAACGGCCUUUUCAACCCGCCGCACCGCGACGCCCCAAUCCGCUUUCCCACAAAGGGCACUUCGGAUCCGCUCCUCUGCUGGACCCACUGCUGGCUCAACGCCACCGUACCGGCCUGGUCGUUGCAGGACCCGGCAGUGGCAGAGCUCGAGGUCCCUUACUCGGCCGACCCGCUCCCGCUCGUCGCCCCCUUUCCCCAGCCCGGCGUCGACCCCUUGCCCACCUUUUCGCCGCCGACCAACCAGGCUCGAUUCGGCGCCGCAACCGCGCCGCCCGUCCACGAGUUUGCCUCCCGGCCCUCGACCGCCUGCACCGCCGCCGGCUUCCUCUACACCCACUCGCAUCAGGGCCUGAGCAAGAUCGGCACCGGCCACCACGGUACAGAGCUCAUGCGUCUCUACGCCUCCAACCUCCACUUUAAGCUCGCCGAGCGUGGCUCGCUCGUCGCUGCCGGCGACUGGCUCCUCUACCGCUCGCCAUCCAUCGCCCCGGCUCUGUUCUGGGUCAUCAGCCCGCGCUCGCUCCGCGUCGUAGGCCGUGUCUUGCCGGACGGCUCGGGCUCGUUUGCUACCGCAAACCUCUCCGCCGUCCUCAGCCCUGACGCGCCCGACGCCCGCUCCCCAGUCGCCGCCUGUGGAAACGUUGUUGUUGUCCUCCACGCUGCGCACGAUAACCCUGCCGCACUCGCAGCUCAUCCCAUUCAGACCCAUGGCCUCCUCACUACCUGGCAUGCCUCAGUGGUCGGCGACUCGCCCGAUGCCGCCCUCGACGAUCCACUCACGUUCCUAGUCCUCCGCAAGGUCGGCGAGCACUUUGUCGUCAAGUCCGUCACCCGCACACCUCCACCACGCUCCUGGGCUUCCGCCACCGAUGCCCGACACGAGUGCAACUCGCCCGUCAUCGUCGCUCCGGGCGACUACAUCGGCGUCGUCAUUCCCAAGGGCGAUUCUAUCCAGCACGACGACCUCUCCGCAGACGGCUCCAUCGUUUACACCACCGCGGUCCCCAAAGACCUCGCCCUCGGCACCUGCAUCCAUCUCACCCUCCGACGCUCCAUGUCCUUCUCUUUUGCAGCCUCUAUUGUGCCGUCGCCCGACAAACCGCUGCCAGCCAUCGACUCGCCGCUCGACGCCUCGGUUCUCGCCCUCUGCGGCCUCUACACCAACGGCGACGAGCUUGCCAUCAUGCUCCCACCCGCCGAGGCCUCGCCGCCGCCCAAGGGUACAUCGCCGCACGUGUGUGUCGGUUAUGUCUUUUCGCUCGCCACAGCCUCCGAGUCACGCCACUUUGUCCUCGGCUCGCCCGUCGAGUUCCCGGCUGUCGCCUACGACCCCGUCGAUGACAUCCUCUUCUCGUGCUUUCUCUGCAACGGUUCUGUCAACGCAUGGGGCAACCAGGCACACCUGCUGCCACGCCACCUGGCACCGCCCCAGCCGGCCAUCCCCUGCCUCGACUCCACCGCCGCCCUCGCUUCGUCGCUCAUCCGUGCCAUCGGCUGGCGCUCGCGUGUCCUCCGCCGAACACGCUCCCGCGACCGCUCAGGUCCCAUUGUGCUCGCUUGCGCCCGCGAGCUCUCGCGCGAUGCCAUCAACGCCCUCCUCGACCUCGCGUCCACUGCUGCUGACCCCACAGAUCUUGCUGCCGCGCUCGCCGCUCUCGCCGACAACAUCUCGUUUGCCGCAGACGGCCAUCUCAUCGACUGGGCCGUUCUUCUCGGCCCAAACUUCGAUGUCAUCGCCGACGCUGCCCGUGCCCUCUUUUGCGCCCCGGGUGCCCCGGUCACUCGCGACAUCCUCGCCGAUGCACUGCCGCUCCUCUGUCACACGCCCGCCCUUGCCGCCGACCUCGUCUGCGACGCGCUCGCCGCCGACCCGGCCUCGCCAAUCAUCGAUGCCUUUGCAUCGCUCUCCCGCACCACUCUCCUCACAGGCCCGAUCCUCGAUAUGUCUCGUCCGGCGCUCAUGCGUGCCCUCCGCGCCCUCGUCGACGCUGCUGUGCUUCCCCACGCCCCGCCUGGUCCGGCCCGCCUCCUCGCCCAGCUCUCAGCCACACUGUAUGCUCUUGGCGCCGACCAUGUCGUCCACAACACCCUUGAUGCCAACUCGCGGACUGCGUCGCAGGAGGCCGCCGACACUUCCCGCCUUGUUGACCUCCUCAACUGGAUCCUGCCGGGCUACAUCACCCCGCUCAUGAGUGCCAUCGCUGCCUUGUCGCCAUCCGCCAUCGAUCUCUCGCCGACCUCGCUCGCCGCCACUCUCGCCUUUCCCGCCAUCGCUUCUCUCACCGCCCUUCUCGAGCACGGGGAAGCCGAGCUCGCUGUCGCCUCUGCCGGCGACGCCCUUGCCUCGCUUGCCACCGCUCUCGGUGGGCUGCUUGACUCUGCCCGCGCCUCGCUCGCUGCCCAAGGCAUACCGCUUGACAUCGGCAUCUUGCCCGAUACACCCUGCCGCGCCCGCCGCCGCGUCAUCGAGUCCAAGCAUCCGUACCUCCGCGUCGAGUCUCGUAUGGUCAUCGACCAAGCGCCUGCUGAGCGCAUGACCAUCGAGUUUGAUUCUGCCUCUGCCCUCGACUCGGGCGACGAGCUGCAGAUCUUCACCCGCGAUCACAAGACGAAGAAUUUUGACGUACUUGUCUCCUCUUUUAAUGCAGACAUGUCGCCGCCGGUCCCGUUCGUUGUCCCGGGCGAGGAAAUGUUGCUCGUCCUCAAGACCACUGCGCCACAGCCUGACUCUGACCCGCCGUCCAAGGCCUCUAAUUAUGGCUUUUGCCUCGUCAUCACCCCGCACGAUCCGGUCGCCAACGUCCACUCAGCCCGCGAGGCAAGCAUCGUCCGCGCCAUUGCCCAUCUCCACACUCGGCUAUUGGCCACUCUCUAUGCGCCGCGCGACGCGAGCUCGGCAUCGCUCCGCAAUCUGGCCCCCGGUGCCAUCUCUUGGGCCGAUGCCGCGCUCCUGCACGGCGGCUACGUUACUGAAGCCGCCUCGGAUGCCGCCGACGACCUUGCCGCCCCGCUGCGCGACUCGCAGCCCUGCUCUUCCGCCGCUGACGGCUACACCCAGUUUGUUUGGGCCAUUGCUCGUGGCGAGCAAGUCACAGACUCCUCCUCGCAUGCUGUCGCCGCCGCUGCCCGCUUCUGGGACGCUGCUCAGCUCGCGCUCGCCUCCGCCACCUCCAGCCUCCCACUUGACCGCUUCGACCCGCACGCCAUCCUCCGCCGCGCCGUCCUCGCCGCCUUUCUCAAGCACACCGCCCUUGUGGCCGAGGCCUACGCCAUCGGCGCUGUCGCCGAGCCGGGCCUUGCUCCAGAGCUUCGUAUGCAUGCUCCCAAGGUGCGCAAGCGCAAGGUCAAACUCUCGGUCUCAGUCCCCGCCCCGGUCACGCCCGACGCUGCUUCCCAGUUUUCGCCGCAGUUGGCCGCUGUCGUCCAGGCUGCAGCCGACGUGGUAGCCUGGGCGUUUUACGAGCGCCGCUCCCGCGGCGAGGCCGCCGACGCUGACACCGUCGUCGCUGGCCUCCUUGCCAAGGCCGCGCUCCUCCUCCGCUGCAAUCCAUCGGUCGGUGCCGACCGCAUGGCAGGCGGGCUAGGCUCAUCCGCCACCAGCUCCUCGUCUGCCAUUGAUGUCGCCACCCCGGCUCCGGCCUCGGCCCAGCUUGCGGGCUCGUCAUCUGUCAAGGCCUUCCUCAAGCAGUGGAAGGCCGCCCGAGUCUCGUCGUCGCUCCUUGCCUCAACCAUGGCCGCCGACGUCGUCCUCUUCCUCAAGGCCGACAUCGACGUCCCCGACCUUUGCGCACGCCUCGAGCAGCGCUCGCGGUUUGCUCGCGCCCGCGCCGUUGCUCUUGCCGAGCUCGCCCGCUAUCUGAACAAUUCGGGCGAGGUCGACGACCUGGCCCUUGAGGCGCUCCACGCCUUUGCCCGCGCCCUGCACCGUGCUCCGCGCGCCCAGGGCCGUCUCGGCCCGCACAUGCUCGACGGCAUCCGCGGCUGCUCCGCCGACGCCCUGGCCUCCGUCUGUGACUACAUGUGCACCCUCCUCACCGCCCUCGUGCCCGUCGUUGCCUCAACCUCGGCUGCCGCCCUUCCGGCCAUGCUCUGCUGGGCCCUGCACUUUCACAAAGCCGAUCGCCCGCUCAUUCUCUCGUCAGGCAUUCUGCCUGCGCUGUGGCACAUGGCCUCGGUAGAGGGCGAGCCGGGUCUCCCGGCUGUCGUUGCCUCCUCGCUCUUUCACACCCUAUCCGCCGUCGCGCUCGGCUGGGGCCUCGGCUGGCCUCGCCUCGUCGUCGUCGGCGGACCCGCGCCCGGCGUUUACCCCAAGACCGCCGUGCUUGUCACUGCCUCGGCCGCGUCUUCGUACGAGAAGGACCUCUUCAGCCUUGUUCUCUCCUCGCUCGUAGGCGCGUACCAAGACUGGCGGGCCGCCCUCAAGAGCUCGCCGGCUGGAAUCCCCUUCUUCCUCGAGCCUACUCCCUACAACCUGGACGAGCUCACGAGCCGGGCUCCGCCCGACGUUGAUGCCGACGCCGAGGCGACAUGGAUGGCCGUCCACGCCGUGCCGGCCUUUGCCGCCCCGCGUGCUGGCCGCAGCGACGCUGAUGCCCUGCCCGAGGGCGGCCACGCUGGCUUUGACCAUGACGCCACCGCCGCCCUCGUCGCAGACUCAGACCGAAGCCUCGUUUGCCAGGCCGCCCUCGUGGUCAAAGGCCGCACCGACGCCGAGCUCGCCCCGCUCAUCGACCUCAUCACAGAUGUCAUCCUCCCAACCCGCGGCGCUCUCGCCGCCGCCGGCACUCUCGACCUUGUCGCCUCGCACGAUCCGCGGGUCAAGGCUGCAGCCUCGCUCUACGCCUCGACCUCGCCGGCACUCGCCGUCGACAUCCUAGUCGCGUCAGCAGACAUUGUCGCUCGCGAGCGCCAGUCAUCUGGAACAUCCAACUCGGCCGUCUCGGCCCUCGAGGCGUUCCUGAACAUGACCUUGGUCGACGGCUCGCUGGCCGGUUCAGAGAGCUCCUCGCGCAGGCGCCGCGGAGCCAAGUCGCGAACGGCCGACGACAGCAUCGUCUCGCCUCGCAGAUUGAUGUCAGAUGCGCUCGUCACCAUUGGCAACAGUGUCACCACUGGCGCACCGGUUUGCGUCCAACAGGUCCGUCUCCGAGCCACCAUCAACACGCUUGCCGGUCUCGCCCGCGCACCCAUUGCCGCCCACUUUCUCGCCCGCUCGCCUUGGCUCGAGCUUGUGCUGGCUCUCUUCUGUGACACUGAUCUGUCGCCAGCCACUCGUGCUGCCGCUCUAGCCGUCCUCCGGGCCGUCCUCAUCUCCACAAGCCCGGCCAUGCUCGUCGACGAUGUCCCGUCCGCAUCGGCAGCUGUCGCACGUGCCGCCGUUGUCCUUGGCUCACCCGAUGCGAGCCUCUCGCCGGUCGACCCGGAGCCACAGACGCACACCAGUCACGUCACUGUCUGUGAGCUGCUCUUGCGGACCGCCUCGACGCUGGCAAGCGGUCGUGACACCUCGUCGAUCACCGCCGCUGGUCUGCUCGAGCCGCUCCUGGUUGUCCUCCGCGAAUUUGCCGCCGCCAGCCCAGAGUGGUGCGAGCACAUUGUGCGCCAGCUCCGCGAGUCGAGCUCGAACCCGCUCGUUAUGCUCUAUCUCCUCGCCCACGCCCCGCCGUCACUCGCUAUUGGCGCUCGGGUCUUUGUUGCCCCGCCGCACGUCAUCUCGGGCAUCGUUGUCGCCUUUGGCUACAAUCAUGAGCUCCUCGUUUGGUCACCGGCGCCCAACGACGACCAGCCGAACGCCUGGUGGGUGCCCAUCGAUCUCGUGACCCCAGAGCCACCGCUCCGCAGCUGUUCACCCGGUUCGGCUGCCCUUGCCCUUGCACUGUGGAACGAUCCCGAGGUGGUCCAGAUCGUGACUGCCCUUGCCCUCGCGCCGCCGACCCCGGUGCUGGCUGACAUGGAGCGCCGCCGCGCCGCCGUCGCCGCCGUCGCCAACCUGGUCAGCCUCGGUGCCGAGGCUCCCGACCUGGCGCUGCCGGCCCUGCAAACCCUCCUGCGCGUCGCCCUGAUUCCGAUGCCGCUCACCCGCGUCUACACCGCUGCUGAGCUUACCCAGGCUGCUACCGCCCAGCUCUGGGCUGCGCGUCACGCCGCCGUCAAUGCACCGACGCUCCUUGGGCUCAAGAUUGACGGCAGCCCGGCUCAGCUCACGGUCCGCGGCGUCGCAUGCCCCACAGCAAUGUUCCGCAACGGCCACUGCCUCACUCCGCCCACUCCCAGCGAUCUGGAGCUCUUUCGGUCCGCGCUCACGUCGUGCUCUCUCGUCAGCUCGGUCGCACCAACCGUGCCAAGUCCAGGGCACAGUGCCAUUGUCCUUGCGCCACAGGCUGACAACAAGGUCGCGUGGGCCUCGCUCGCAACUAUGCUACAAGCCAUGGCUCGCCGCCAGCCGUGCGCUAUCGUCGUCCUUCUUGGUAUCCCGCUCGUAGUCGCUACCAUCACCUCGCACGGGCCACAGGUCGUCGCCGCCACCCUCGAGCGUGUUCUCCGUCUCCACCAGGCGCCGCCCCUUUCGCUCCACACCCUGCCUCCCUCGGCCUCUGUCGACAAGGGCAAGGCCGAGGCUGGGGACGCCGAACCAGUCGAAGUCGCUCCCUUCCCGUCCGCCCCAGAGGCCAGGAAUGGUCUCCUUGCGAGCGAGCUCGCAUCGCUCGCGUUCUUUGACCCCAAUCUUGCGUAUGGCUCCAACCAGCAGUCAGCAGCUGUCCUGGGGGCGGGCCAUGUGCCGGGGUCUGGUGUGUUGGACGCGAUGUCGUCGGCCAGUAAGUCGGACCUGUUCGCCCUCGCCUCUGGGGCUGCUGAUAAUGUGCGAGCGCUGCCCACAUCGAACACCUCGUCGUCCACGGCGCUGAACGCCAAGGAGCGGGCGGCACUGGUAGGUGCGCUCCCGCUGGCGCGGCUCCUGGGCGGCCUCACCUUUUGGUCCGCCCGGUCCGGAGUCGUCGCUGCACUUCGUGCACUCGGCACACUUGACCCCCAGGCAGUGGCGGAGACUCUUGUCCAUGACGACCUCCUUCGCCUGCUGCAGAUGGUGGCUGGUUCGUACAACGGGAUCGGCUCUCCAGUCGACGCCCAGGAGCUGCAGGACGCGGCGGCCGCGGCGCUGCGGGUCUGGCUGGCUGGCGCCGCGCCGGAACCUCGCGCUGUGUUUGUCAAGAGCGUCUCCACGCUGGUGGUCGGCCACAUGGGGCGGGCACAGGGUGCAGAAAAGGCAAAGUCCCUCCCGCCCACAAACAUCAACCCGAACCGGCUGGCGUUUACGGUGCCCAAAGGCGGGCUUGGCGUGCGCCUCUCGUUCCCGCCCGGCCUCGCUGGCUCCUCGAUAACCGUCCACAACCGCGACGGGAGCCAGACUACGGUCGCGUCCAGCGAGCCGGUCCUCAUUCCCGCGUCUGCUGGCGACAUGUACGUCAACAUUCAACGUGCGUCUGCCGGGCUGCCUGUGGCUUGCCUCACGACGCUGCCGCUCUGCAACGAGCUCGCCACCCAGCCCACACUGGACAUGGUGACCUGGGCGGUCGAGCUUGUCGGUGAUGUUGUCGACGUCGACGCCACCUCCCGGAUUGUCGCCGGCAUGGCCGAGCUGGUGGUGGCUGGUGAGAUGGCGCCUGCGCUGCGGCUGCGGAUUCUGCGCGCGCUCAACUCGCUCCUGCGUGAUGCAGAUGUCGCAGGCUCGACUGCGGUGGCAUCGUCGCUCCUCCGCUGGUUCCCGCACAAGAGCUGGCAAGCCCUCUUCAGCGCAUUCAUGGAGAGCGGAAAGGUGCGCGGCAUCGACGGUGCAACGCAGAUCCCAGACGUGCUGGGCAUGGCCUCGCCGUUUGCGCGCGCGCUCUGCGAAGCCUUUGUCGCCCUCCGCAAGCUGCGGGCCAGAGUCAAAACCGGUGCACCUAACAUGGACGUGCCCGACGUGACCGGGGCCGAUGCCGCUGAUGAGGCUCACACAGAGAUGCUGGUCAGUGAUGCGGCGAGGCCCAAGGCCGCUAGGAAGGUCCGCACCCACGACGUGAGCUCAUUCAGCGUCUCGGCAUUUGCGCCUACCACCACCAUGGCCCGAGUCCAGGCCUCGUCUGCUAGGUUCUCGUCGCCGAGUCCAAGCCCGAGCCCGGUGCCCAGCCUCAGCCCGAGCGCUGGCGCCACGUCUGAUGUUCUCGGCUGUGAUCCAGAGCAGGCCGACUCGCCGAGCGCCACGCCCGAGUCGCCGGUUCUCGACUACUGGCUCGGUCUGUCCAAAUCGGCCCCGCACGAGGGGCCUGUGAUGUUUGACCAGCUUGUGCGGUGCGUGGCGCUGCUGGAUGGGCUUGCGCGCGGGGACGAGCCUCCUGCUGAAGCGCUGGCUGCGGCGCGGGCGUCGUAUGUCGAGGCAGCCAAGGAUGACAAGCUCGACGUGGCGCUGCGAGUCGACGACACGCUCAUGCAGAUGGAGCCGGGACUAGUGGCCAAGCUGGCGAGUGGAGUGACCCGGCGUGCCAACGCGGGCUCGCUCCCGGGCUCGCGCUCGGUCUUUGUCAGCUCGUCGUCGACGACCGACGGUUACGCCAUCGAGCUGGGCAAGGCGCUGGUGCUCCGGGCGGGGGCAAGUGGUGCGCGGCUCCGCAUCGGCUCGAUCACUAUCGAGCCUGUGCGUGCGUCAGGCACUCCGGAGCUGCGGGAAGCGUUUCUGUACCUGGUCGACACCAGCGAGUGCGGCGAUGACAGUCUGCCGGGUAUCAUUACUGAGCUGGAAAGUGCGGCGCAGCAAGGCAUUUUGGGAGGGGCGAUCCAGCGAAUGGCCCCAGUCGUCUACGCUGAACGCUUCCAGGUCAACCAGAGCUCGCUGGUCGUCUCACUCCGGCGGCCGGUCACUGCCGACGUUGCGGUCGUCGUGGCGCGCACCGCGAGACUGGACAAUACCUCGCUCGAGCUUGGAAGGACGCGAGUGGAGUCCGUGUGGAUGGCCGGCCGGGCACUCAACGGGCAUGGUACAGCGUCGUGUGCCGGGCUGGUGGGUGUGGGUGCGGCGGACGCAGCGGCUGCCAUCAACGCGGUUGUCGCCAAGCACUACCCACACGCGACGUCAACCGAGUCGACGUCGGUCCUUGGCCCGACAACGACGGUGGUGGGCGAGCUCUGCGGACUCAACGUCGACCCGAUCGAGGCGGUGGUCACUGCUGCCGAAGACGGGCUCGCGGUGGACUCGGACGCGGUGGUCUGGGUUCGGUUUGUCAAUCUGGUCGCGCUCGCCGCCAUGCAGCACUGCGACGUGGGCCGGGCCGGCGUCAUUGCGCACGCGCUGGCGCGGAUCAAGCCUCUUGUGCUGGCCGACGUGGCGAGUCGGCUGGUCGAGGCUGCGCUGCAGGUAUCACAAAGCCAGACGGAGGCGCACGGGCGGCCGACGCUCACCUUUGACCGGAUGAAGGCGGCAGCCGCGACGACGCUUGACGAGACCCUGUUUGGCCAGCUGGUGACGGCGCUCGUCGACUGUGGCCCAGAGCUGCUUGUGCGGCGCGAGCGAGCGUGGCGAGUCAAGUUUGUGGGCGAGGGCGCGUCAGACGCCGGUGGGCCGUACCGCGAGGUCUUUUCCGGUGCGUGCGCCGAGCUCAUGUCCGCCAGCUCUGUAGUCUCACUCUUUGUGCCAUGCGGCAACGCGGUGUCUGGUUUUGGCUCGAACCGCGAGGCGUUUGUGGUGGCGCCAGGCGCGGUAAGCGACGGAGAGACGCAGGCGCUGCGGGUCCUAGGCUGGCUCAUGGGCCACGCGCUGCGGUCGGGCCUCACGCUUGACCUUCUCCUCACCUCUGUGUUCUGGAAGUAUAUGGUGGGCGAGGAGGUGGGGCGGGCAGACCUCGCGGCAAUGGACCAGAUGUGCUGCCAGUCGCUCGACGCUGUGCGCGAGAUCGAGGCGCAGGGUGUGGGCCCGGAGACCUUUUCCGACGUCAUCGACGACGUGUUCGAGGUCCAUCUCUCGGACGGCACCGUCCGCGAGCUGGUGCCGGGUGGGGCAAGCAUGCCGGUCACCUUUGAACGGCGGGCCGAGUGGGCCGACCUGGUCGAGGCUGCGCGGCUGCACGAGGGCGAUGCCCAGCUCGCGGUCAUCCGCGCAGGCCUCGGGAGUGUGGCCCCGCUCACGGCGCUGAGCCUUCUCGGAGCGGAGCAGCUCGAGCAGCGUGUGUGCGGCGUGCCGCACAUCGACGUCGCCAUCCUCAAGGCCUCGACGGUGUACUCGAGUCUGUCCGAGGCGGACGACGUCGUCCUCUGGCUCUGGCGUGCGCUAGAGAGCUUUGACGACGCCGAGCGCCGGCUAUUCCUCAAGUUUGUUUGGGCCGCGCCUCUCGACGCCGAUGAAGGUCCAGCUCUUUAUUCCGCGCGGGCAUCGGGAGUGGUGACCGGUGGCGAGCACGACACCUUCCUCCCGGUCUCGCACACCUGCUGGUUCCAGCUCGACCUCCCUGCCUACUCGAGCUACGAGGUCCUCCGCGAGCGGCUCGAGUUUGCCAUCCGGCACUGCGCCUCGAUCGACACCGACUUUACCGUGUAG